GCUGUUCUGCUUCGUUUGCUUCGCUGGAGGUGUAGAGAUUGCACGCGUCGCUUCGUCGGCUGUUGGACUUUGCUCCUUCGACGACUUUUCCGUCUUGUCGGAUCGGAAGUUACGACAUUUUGAUAGGAAGCAAAAACCGGAGCUCGCUGGCUGCGAAGCUCAAAUUCGCUCGGCCUAAAUCCUGCAUCCACACAGCCGCUAAGCGUCUCGUGAGUUCGUGGGAGAAAUAGGGACGGAUAACGAUACUCUUUCAAGGGUCUACCUCCUCUGGUCUUUGCCCUAACCAUGGCUACUGCCUUCGCACCGACCGCCCAAGUUGUCGCCUCAGGCGAUGCCGUCGAGGAUGAUGGCUUCGUGGAAUACAUACCAGUGAAGAAGCGCCGCGCUAUGGAGGCACAGAAGAUCCUACAGCGCAAGGGUCGUCUCUCCUUCUCUUCAUCCGCGGGUGGUGCUCCCUCUUCCUCUGAUGAUCCCACCACCUCGCUCCCCCUGCCGGAAUCUAAGCCUAGUCUUCUUGUCAAGGCUUCUCAACUCAAGCGAGACCUCCCUGAGAUCAGCCCCGCAGAGCAGCUCGUUCAGCAAGAGAAGGAAAUGAUUGAGCACCUCUCUGAUCGAAAAACCCUUAUGUCAGUUCGUGAACUUGCCAAGGGCAUCACCUAUACUGAUCCUCUUCCCACUGGCUGGAAACCUCCCACUGCAAUUCGCCGCAUGUCUGCCCGCCAGGCUGAUGCCAUCCGCCGCCAGUGGCACAUCCUCGUGGAGGGUGAUGAUGUCCCACCACCUAUCAAGAACUUCAAGGAUAUGAGGCUUCCUGAGCCUAUUUUGAAGAAGCUAAAGGACAAAGGUAUUGUUCAGCCAACCCCAAUCCAAGUGCAGGGCUUGCCGUUGAUCCUCUCAGGCCGGGAUAUGAUAGGGAUUGCAUUUACUGGAUCAGGGAAGACUCUUGUAUUUGUGCUUCCGUUGAUCAUGGUGGCACUGCAGGAGGAGCUGAUGAUGCCGAUUGUGCCUGGGGAAGGGCCUUUUGGGCUUAUUGUGUGCCCGUCCAGGGAGCUUGCAAGACAAACGUUUGAGGUGGUGGAGCAGUUUCUUGUGCCACUCCGGGAGGCUGGAUACCCAGAUCUCAGGCCACUGCUAUGCAUUGGAGGAGUCGACAUGAGGUCGCAGCUCGAGGUCGUGAAGAAAGGGGUUCAUAUUGUUGUUGCAACACCUGGGAGGCUUAAGGAUUUGUUGGCAAAGAAGAAGAUGAAUCUGGACAACUGCAGGUAUUUGACAUUGGAUGAGGCUGAUAGGCUGGUUGAUUUGGGCUUUGAGGAUGACAUAAGGGAGGUAUUUGAUCAUUUCAAAGACCAGAGGCAGACCCUACUCUUUUCCGCCACUAUGCCUAAGAAGAUUCAGAACUUCGCAAGGAGUGCCUUGGUAAAACCCGUCACUGUCAACGUUGGAAGAGCUGGAGCUGCUAAUCUUGAUGUGAUACAGGAAGUCGAAUAUGUGAAGCAGGAGGCUAAAAUUGUCUACCUCCUUGAAUGUCUCCAAAAGACUCCCCCUCCCGUCCUUAUCUUCUGCGAAAACAAGGCAGAUGUGGAUGACAUCCAUGAAUAUCUUCUUCUAAAGGGAGUUGAAGCAGUUGCUAUUCACGGCGGAAAAGAUCAGGAAGAAAGAGAGUAUGCGAUUGCAUCAUUCAAAUCAGGAAAGAAGGAUGUGUUAGUAGCCACUGAUGUUGCGUCGAAGGGCCUUGAUUUUCCUGACAUCCAGCAUGUGAUAAACUACGACAUGCCCGCCGAGAUUGAGAACUACGUUCACCGGAUUGGAAGAACCGGCAGGUGCGGAAAAACCGGCAUUGCGACGACAUUCAUAAACAAGAACCAGAGUGAAACCACCCUUCUUGAUUUAAAGCACUUGUUGCAAGAAGCAAAGCAAAGAAUUCCACCUGUUUUAGCAGAACUGAAUGAUCCAAUGGAACAUAGUGAAGCUCUUGCUGAUGCUAGUGGGGUUAAAGGAUGUGCUUAUUGUGGUGGGCUGGGACAUAGGAUACGUGAUUGUCCUAAACUGGAGCAUCAGAAGACUAUGGCCAUUGCUGGUUCAAGAAGGGAUUAUUUUGGUUCUGGUGGCUAUCGUAGCGAAAUAUGAUCCUUAUUAAGGAUAUCUCAACCAGUUUCAUUUAAAAUUUCCACUGUAAUUUAAGGUGAGGAUUUGUUCUCGAUUCUCCUCCUUUUAUGUUCUGAUUGCAAGAGAGUGUGUUAUUUAUGCCGAACCAUUAUAUUUACUUAAAGUUCUUCUAGCAUAUGGGGAAAAGCUUGUGUCAGGAAACAUGUAAAAUGCUUUCAAAGCUUAGUUCUUUCCAUGACU